AUGAAGACGCAAGCGCUGGCUGCCACGAUCAGCCUUCUCCUCGUUAUUUCCUUCCUCCUCGCCGUGCCGUGGCAUGGCUUUGUCACCGCCGCGGCCGGCCAGGCCGGCGAAGACGGCAUGGUGCGGGUGGACGGCACGCGGUUCGUGGUGGGCGACGGUGACCGGACGGUUUACCUGAGCGGGUUCAACGCGUACUGGCUCAUGCAGAUGGCGUCGGACCCGUCGCAGAGGGGCAAGGUGGUGGCGGCGUUCCGGCAGGCGGCGGCGCACGGCCUCAACCUGGCGCGGACAUGGGCCUUCAGCGACGGCGGCGACCGGCCCCUGCAGUCGUCGCCGGGCGUCUACCACGAGGACAUGUUCCAGGGGCUGGACUUCGUCGUCGCCGAGGCGAGGCGGCACGGGAUCUACCUCCUCCUCUGCCUCACCAACAACUUCGACGACUUCGGCGGUAAGCGCCAGUACGUCCAGUGGGCGAGGGAGGACGUCGCCGGAGCCGGCGCCGGCGCCGGCCACAACCUCACCUCGGCCGACGACUUCUUCAACUCCACCCUCGUCAAGUCCUACUACAAGAACCACGUCAAGACGGUGCUGACGAGGGUGAACACGGUGACCGGAGUGGCCUACAGGGACGACCCGGCCAUCUUCGGGUGGGAGCUGAUGAACGAGCCGCGGUGCAACACCGAGCCCACCGGCGCCCUGGUCCAGUCAUGGGUUGAAGAGAUGUCUCCCUACCUCAAAACCAUCGACGGCAACCACCUGGUCACCGCGGGGCUGGAGGGCUUCUACGGCGACGGCGCGCACGAGAGCAAAGAGCUGAACCCGUGGAGCAUCUACUACGGCACCAACUUCAUCGCCACGCACCGGGUGCCCGGGAUCGACUUCGCCACCAUCCACCUCUACCCGGACGUCUGGCUCUGGGGUACCACCGCCGACGAGCAGGCCGCCUUCUUCCGCAACUGGACGGCGUCCCAUGUACAAGACACCGAGCAGCACCUCCGCAUGCCGCUGCUCGUCACCGAGUACGGAAAGUUCAUUUGGGAGGAUCAGGAGGGCGGCGAGAACGCGACGACGAGGAGGGACCGGUUCCUUGGCACGGUGCUCGACGCGAUCUACGAGUCGGCGUCGGAGGGCGGGCCGCUCGUCGGCGGCGCGUUCUGGCAGCUCCUGCUUGAUGGUGACGGCAUGGACGCGCUCAAGGAUGGGUACCAGAUCGUGCUCCCGGAGGAUGAACGUGCCGCGAGUAUUAUCAGUGAGCACUCCGAGAAGAUGGCGGAGCUCAGCGAGCAUGACGCGGUGGAGGCUCGUGGUCGCCGGGGGAGGAGCGAGCCGAGGAAGAUCGGCGGUUUCGGCACCAGCUGCGUGAUAUUCUUGGUUCGUUUUGGCUCUUUGUUUAGAUCAGUUUCUUCGUUGCUCGGUGCCGUGUAG